AUGUGCGUAGGCAGAGACGCGGGCACCAGGAUCUGCACAACAUGCCCGGCAGGAUACUACCUUAACACUCCAGCUGUAGCUGACAACGACUGUUAUGAAGAAGGAAGAGGUAAGCGUUCGGGCACUCAAGCUCUGGUGCCUUGCGCUGAUACAAACUGCCUCGAGUGUCCUACAAGCAGCACCAUCUGUAGGAAAUGCGCUCAGACACCCACCAAAUACUGGUCCCAAGGAACUGACCCAACAACUUGCGUCACCACCCCUCCUGCCUCGAAAUUCGGGAUAGAUGCGACCGGGUUCUUUAUGCACUGGCUGUGA